CAUCAUGCGGAAGCGUCGCGUAAAUCAGAUUACCGUCGAAGCCAAAGAGGAAGAGACUGAACCAGUGGCGUCGCGACUGUUGUCCGUGUUGUAUUUCACAGGGGGGGGAGAAGAUUCAGAAAGAUCAGCUUCUGAACGAUGUCGUCGGAGGAGUUGGAGAAGCUGCAGGAGAUCUUCAGGUCGCUGUACGACGAGCUGAAGCUGAUGCCGGAGCGCGCGGCGACGAGCCACGGAGAGGAGAGGAAGAGGUUGGUGAGGACCUUCGACGAGAGGCAGGGGGAGGCGGAGGAAGUGCUACAAGGAAUGGAAGACGAGCUGCGCGGCGCCCCGUCUGCCUAUCGGAAUGCUAUGGGCACAAAGCUGCGCCUGUACCGCAGGGAUCUGGGCAAACUGCAGAGAGACAUGAAGAACUCUGCUCCUCCGGCCUUUGGCUCCUCUUCCCAGUCAGCGGGUGGAAGUCAUCAGGGCAUCUAUUCUUCACAAAAUCAGCAAAGUACGCACGUGCAGUCCCAGAGGUCCCUGCUCCUCCAGGGCACGGAGUCUCUGAACAACGCCAGCCAGAGUAUUGAGCGAAGCCAACGCAUUGCGUCGGAGACGGAGCGGAUCGGCACCGAUGUCAUCGAGGAGCUGGGAGAGCAGCGAGAACAGCUGGACCGCGCUCGCAACAGGUUGGUUAAUACCGGAGAGAACCUCAGUCGAAGUCGAAAAAUCCUUCGUGCCAUGUCGCGGCGGCUGAUGACAAACAAGUUGCUUUUAAGUGUUAUCAUUUUAAUGGAGCUGGCCAUCCUGGGUGCUGUGAUCUACCUGAAGUUCUUCCGAUGAUGAUGAUGAUGAUGAUGAUGAUGAUGAUGAGCGAACUACACCACCAGCCCACUACGAUACAGUCCUCAGCUCUGGAUCCAGGGUCAAACCCACACUCUCCACAUUCGUCUCCCACCAACUGUCCAGUAGCAAUAACGCUUUGUCGGCUGCGUCCAAGCCAACUGUUUUUCUUAUUAGUGCAAACGAGGACAACGAGACGAGUCCGUUUUUAAAUUGAACCUUUGCCAAGAGUGGAUUCUGUCCAUGAGCAGGUUCGAGUUCAUUUGACAAGAAUAGCAAAGUUGCCUUGAACCUGUUAAUGGACCAAACCCGCAGGACAAACUGUGAACUGAGAUGUGCACUUUUUAUUAUACUGUUAUUGCCAACGAUGCCCUGCAGGAGGAUAUUCUGGACCCGUGUUCCGGCCGCUACGGAGACGAACCUUGUGACGACUUUGGUCGACCGAACAGUAAAGAUUCUGUGGUGAAGUGACACUAACGGCUCUGUGGGGUUGAUAAAUACUCAGAUUGUGAUACCUUACUGUUAAUAUUCAACAUUAUUUUAUAGCUUGUUAUCUUUAUAAAAGUAAACAACAGUACGUGAUGAAAUGGCACCAGCUGAGUGUAUAUAUUGGUAGCGUCUUCAUGCCCAGUAUGCAGAUGGGUAUUUCCCAAUUCUGAGUAUUGAGACCUGGGGGGGGGAAAAAAGUCAGUCGGAGGCGUGAAUGUGGAAAAAGAGGCAGAGUGGCGCCUCAUGCAGAUGCAAUUAUGUUCAGUUAACACUUAACGAUGUUGUCUAAUCGCUGUAUAAUACAAAAACCACUGUUACUAAUGAGCUCCUCUCCUCCUCAUUUGACAAGUCUGCACAUUAAAGCUAAUAUUUAACCCCA